AUGAUGAAAUUCCUCCACAUAACCGUCAUAACGUUUCUUUAUCUAUUAAAUGUGUACCUUAUAAGUGGGCAUAAUAUACUAGGAAAUAUCCCAGAUAAAAAGACAUUUAGAGAGGAACAAGACGUGCUCAAAUCUGCUUUAGAAGAUGGAAUGGUCAUUUUAUUUGAAUCGGAGUUCAUAUCUCGCGCACGUCCAGCUUCUGAUAAUAGCGCGACUAAUGAUAAUUUAUCAUCAGAAGAACAUUCCAAUGAUAAUAAUUUAGAGAAAAUCGAUGAUAAAAAGAGAAAUGAACUACGUAAAGAUGCAAAAGUAAUGUCUGAAGUUAUUCUGAAGAGGAGGGAAGGUGAACUAUCUACCAUACCUAAAAAAGAUGGGACUUUGCACAUAAUGUGGAAAUUAAUAUUUUACAUAUUGUAUUCUAGAUCUGGUAAAUGGUUAUUCAAUAAUCCAUCUGAUAUGAACCUGAAGGAUGCAAAACCUGGGCAUCACAAAGUAUUAAAAUCCACACCCGCCCACAUUGAUAACAACAUACCACUACCAGAACAACAGAUAUAUUCGAUAUCUAAUAUUCCGGAAGUACUACCGGAGAAGAAUGGCAAAACCCCGAUUUUGCUGUUUGGCAUGGAAGCUUUUGUUAUCUUUCACCUAAUAAACCAAGCAAUGUUGGAAAUUGUCAACUCCAGUGACCCAAUUGAGGAAAAGGUCUUAUUUAGUGAACAGUGGGUACACUUUGUCAAACACCAUUUUUUCAUAUUCUUCCCAUAUAAUGCUAUCACUAGUAAGCGUUGCGUCAGAUUGCUAAGUGAUAACACCCUAGAGUCAGAAAUGGAAUUAUUGGAUGUAUGCAAAAGUUUGGCUGAAAAAUCAGAAAAAUCAGAUCUAUUAGAAACCUUCAUAAUGAUUGAUCCUGAAAAUAAUGGGGAUUUACUUGAAAAAUGUAUAAACGAGAAACACAUAAUACCCUCCUAUAUGAAGUUGAACCAUGAAAAACUAUCCCAUUUACAUCUAAAACACAAUUUGGCAAUGGAGUUAUCUGAUUUUAUCAGUACUUAUGGCAUGAUAAUGACAAAUGCGGAACAAGAAAUCUUCAAAGACAAUAACAUUUUGAACUCAAAAUUUUGGGGCGCAAAAUGCACAAAAGAUGAAGCAAUCAAGGCUGAAAAUGAAAUAAUUAAACUAUUUUCCAAUAUUCAGAAAGAUCUAAACGGUGUGAUAACCAAAACUUUCCAGAAAUUGCUUGAUCUACUAGAAAAGAAUGGAGGUAAUAUUAAGAGCGGCCCAGCAAAGAGUCUAAUUAAAGCUGAAAAUAAUGAAUUUCAGGCUGCAAAAAAGGAGUGUGAAUCAAAUAAUGAAUUAAAGAAGAAUAUUGAAGAGGCAAAAACGCAGUUCCUUAAAUACGCUGCUGACGGCUCAUCUGGUGGAGAAGAAUUGGUCAAGGAAUUGGCCAACAACGAACUUUCUGAAUGGAAAUUCAACGUUUCUGCUCAUAUUUUAGACACCAUGAACAAAACAUGCGAAGAAGAUUCCGCCUUCUGCCUUUCAGCAAUAAAGCAUUGUAGGAAAUCGCUAGAAGGAUUAGAAAGUGAUACUGAACAGUAUAAAAUUAUAGAAAAACUCCAUCGUGCAUUAUCAGCGGCAUUAUUAAAAUCGGGUAAAUUAAAUGAGAAAGAUUAUAUCGAGGAACUAUCAGGAUACAUAAAACAUGAUCAGAACGAAUUAUCAACAGACAAGCCACAACAAUCGUCCAUGUUGCAAAUUAGGAUGGCAAGGAUCAGAAGGCACAAAAUUUGA